UAAUGCUGUGAAGAUCAGUACAAAAUCAAGAAGAAGAACAUUUAUUCUAUCACCUCGGGCUCCCCAUUCUUUUGUGUCAGAGCACGCUGCAGUGGCGAUGACUUUAAGGACUGUUACUGUUGUCAUAUUGGCACACAGUGCUUUACUGUGGUCCAGAGGGAGUUCUCAGGAGGUUCCUGUGGAGAAGAUAGUAGCUGCUCCAGGUUCAGAUGCUCUACUCCGUUGCCUGUUUCCUGUGAAACCAAAUAUGGAUUUUGAAAUGUUGGUUAUAAACUGGCAGCAUGGUGAUACAGUGGUGCACAGCUUCUAUCGUCGCAGUGAUCAGCUUGAAAAACAGAGUGAAGUUUACAACGGUCGAACGUCCCUCUUCCAUGACCAGUUGCCAGCAGGAAAUGCAUCACUAAUGUUAACUGACAUUCAGCCAGAACAUAAUGGAGAAUACAAGUGUUAUGUGACAUGCAACAACGGUCCAUAUGAUGUACAGAAGGUGCAACUGCUUGUAGCAGCUCCAUAUGAUGAACCUGAAAUUGCAGUUGAGUAUCUCUGUGAGAAUAUCGUCGUCAGUCUUUCAUCUCAUGGCUUUCCUCAACCUGUUGUGACUUGGUCUGCACCCUUGGGAUAUGAAAAUACAACACUUGUACUUGACAGCAGAGGAUUCUAUAGACUGCAGAGCAACAUCACCUUGAACCUGAACUCUACAGAAACUGUGAGAGUAGAGAUGAGUCUGGAUGUGGUGUCACAAAAGUUCAGCAGGGCAGUUACACUACAUCCUCAUCCAGACGCUUUCAUCUAAAGCGACUUGAUAAUGAAGAAAAUGUUCAUGCUGUGAAGAACAAAGUCCCCGGUGCAGGAUUGGGUUUGGCAUCGCUAUAGUGGUGUUAAUACCUGCUUUCUUAAUGCUGCUGUUACAGAGAAAACAAUGAACAUGUUUGC